AUGGGAACAGUACGCGACUAUGCGCGAAGGCUGUUGCCAGAUCUUGACGGCAUCGCCGGCCUCAUGCGGACCUACCUCCUGGACAGAACGGGAGAGCUCUGUGUGCCAGAGUAUGCCCUUCCCUGCCUUCCCUGCUCACGCAGUGUGGAUGCUUGGCGCCUUUUCACCUCGGCCUCUGCGCGUACUGCUCUAAUAGCCGUGGACGCGCUGAAGGUCAAGCUGCAAACCCUGCAGGACUUAUCACAUGAGUCAGAGGGCUCUGGCACCGUUGAAUGUGUCAUUUCUCGCGGGUUGAUCGGGCAGGAGGCCGAAGAACUGCUUGCGGAGACGUCGGUUGCCAAUCGCCGCCUGGCCCGGGCGCUCUUCCGCCUGGAGACGUACUACAUUUACCUUAUGGGGCACAUCUCAGCUGCAAAGCGGCAACGGAUGCAGGAGCUCAACGUGGAGGAGGUGCGCGAAACAUUCGAGCCCUCCUUGCAGCUCUAUGAAGCCGGGAUGCAGGCCUUUGACUUCUUGGCGUACAGCCUCAUUCCCAACCUACAGGUCUUCACCCGCCGCCGGGAAGCGCCCAGCGGACACGGCUACUUCCUCGCCCAUGCCUCACAGCCGAGAAAUGGAACAGCCCAUGCCCAGGUGGCACUGCUCUUCGUGAGCUUGGGCGAUUGGGCAAAGACCGGGUUUCUGACCUUGUGGAGUGUCCUCCAACAUCGAACCACACCUCUGCGCGUGGUGGUGCUCGGGGAUGCUCCUGGAUUGCAUGCAUGGCAGCUUGCCGUCGACGAGCUCAAAGACCAGGGGCCCAAGUUUGAGGGUGUGACCUUCGAGUACAUUAACUUCGAUACCCACCCACAGUUCUCCAUGUACUUGGAGAGAUACCCAACUGAAAGUUGCAGCUUCGGUGCUGCUGGAAAAGCAAUUCUUGCACGGGUUGUUUGCCACCUCCUUCUGCCCCCAGACAUCAGCAAGAUCAUCUCCAUAGAUAUCGGGGACAUCAUCGUGCUUGACGACAUCGCAAACCUGUGGAAAGAGUUCGACAGCAUGCAGGAGCAUCAUUUGCUGGCAGCUCCUCAUGCAGUGGCACUGCACCAUGUGAAUGCCGGAGUCGUGCUCUACUACGUCGCACGGAUGCGCGAGCAGGAGUUUGCCGAAGCGACUUUGCAAGCUGUGAUGGACAUGCAGCGCCGAGCCCCGGACCCAACUUGCCUCCGCGAUCAGUCCAUUAUCAACGUGCUACACAGCUGGCGAGAGGAGUUUGGCUACGCCGGCCCCAGCCCGAUCAUGAUCCUCCCUUGCCCCUGGUCCGUCUUCCCGACCACAGAGUGGCUCUCCUACUGGAAUAGUCCUGAGAGAUGGCUCCACGAGCUGCGAGACAAGCGCCGUUAUCCUGGGAUGAUCUCGAUCAACCACGUCGAGGUUUUCUGCCCUGACGACAUGGACCUCCUUUCAGCCUGGGCUUUCCUCCCUUUGCAGCCGACGGAGGACGCAUCCAAGCAGAAGCGAAUCCGCCUUUACGUGCUCUACCACGGUUCGAAGCCGGAGAGGUACUGCUCCAACGACCGCUCUCCACACUGCUGCCAGUGUGGGGAACGUGCCUCUCUGCUCCACAUCGCAGGGGACAUGAAGAACUGGCAGGCCAUGCGUGCUCUUCUGCAGGCCUACAUGCCGCCAUGGAAGGAAGUUCCGGAGGAUCCCUUUCUGAAUGCCGCUUCGAAAGUGUGGUCCGGCGGCGAGACGCGCAUCCAGCAGAUUAUUUCCGGUACAGGCCAGCAAGCCAUCCUGACUGCCAAAGCCAUGGGGCUGGAAGCCGUUUUUGAGUCGUGCGCUACGCUGAGCCUCUGCCAGACCUAUGUGCAAGCUUUGGAGAGUGAUAGAGGGUUAUCGAGCCAUGCGCCGCAGGAUUGCGACUUUGCUGUUCGAUUCUGUAUUUCUCAGUCGGGCUUAGAAGCCUCUUCCACACCCCUUGCAGUCUACUGUAUCAAUGUUCGUACUCAUCCCAACCUUGGCUCAGGAAUUCGGUAG